UAAAUUGCCCUCCCAUACAAGAGAGUUCCUACUUUUUGUUUACAUUUUGCAGACGAUUGUCGAUGGCUCGCAUUAAGCGGGUACCGAAAAAAUCGACCUCUCUGACAUCUACGGAGAAUGUCGUUCAUAACAUUUCCAGGACAUACAAGUCGCUACAUAAUCUCCAACGUCAGUCAAAGAUAACUGGAGGGAUUAAAAAACCUCAUCCCUGGAAACCAAGCUUGGGUGUUCUCUUGGAUAUUCGAAGAUACCAACGAACAACAAGCUUGCUUAUACCAAAACUUUCUUUUCAAAGGAUUGUUAGAUCUCUGACAGAUUCGAAUUUUAAAGGAAUUAAAUUUCAAACUCAAGCACUUCAUGCUUUACAGGAAGCAUGCGAAGAUUUCAUAGUUAGCGUUUUUGCAGACACAAAUUUGUGUGCUCUCCAUGGGAAAAGAGUAACCAUACUGCCGAAGGACAUGCAGCUGGCUCUUAGAAUAAGGGGACGAAAGGGCUUCCUGCCUGAACCAGUCCAAGAAGAAUGACAUAUUCAACAUAUUUAUAAAGAAAUGAUUGUACUAAUCAUAAUGGAUGGCACAAGAGUCCAUAAAUUAAGCUGUAAGAAGUUGGAUAGAUUUGUUAUAAAAAUCAAUAACACCAAAUAAACCAAUAUAAUGCUA